CUCUUACACAUCCAUGUAGUAUAAAUACUUAAGAGUCGCGCCCCAUUUGCUAUUAGCACAGCUGAAGAUAGCACUGGGAAAGCAGGUGAUUCCAAGCUCGGCAACUAGAGAUCAGUGCUCAAGCAAAAUUCGCCCCGAACCAAAGACCCAAGAUCUGAAUCUGUGUGUGGGAGCAUCAGCGCGCAGAAGAUGGGGGAAGGCAUACCCAUUGGACUAGCGCAUCAAAGCCCCCUAAUUAAUGCAACUAUAGAUGCCAGUGUGUGUGGAAGAGAUGCACUCACCGACAGUUAUGGUUGGUUUGUGCAAGCGCUCCUCGCUUCGCUGGCCUUUGGACUCUUGAUAUGUAUAUCAUCAGUUUUCUCCUGGACUCCACGCUCGGCUUAGUCAUCAUCUGGGCUGGAAUCAGACUGAGCAUUUACAUGGGACAGACGAAGGGCAUGCCGACACUCAUCUUCGGAGAAUAUGGUCGCCCUCCAUCCAUUCGCGCAUGGGGUCACCAGUGCGCGCUGUAUGUGGGCAUCAUGGUGGUGGAGAAGGUGUUUAUUACUGGCCUUUUAGCCUUCCAUUUCUGGUCCAGUGUCAGGGAUCUCAUCCUGGCCCCCAUAACCGAUCCUCAAGUUCGCGUGGCGGUGGUUGUGCUAGUCAUUCCGUUCUUUGUUAAUGCACUUAUCUUCUGGGUAACAGACAACUUCUUGAUGCUGAAGGUGCGGCAAAUACAUGAUGAUGGUGUAGAGACUGGCUACAGUGAGGUCUCUACAUCCGGCUCAACUAGGGGUUUCUCAAAGGUCCGUUACAAGCGACAUGACGUGCAGCAGGAAGAUGAGUCUGACAUCCUCUUGUCGUCAUCUUCCAAUGACGAUGAGCUCCUCGGCAGAAACGAAAACCUCCAGGAACGUCACGUCAGCCGCACCCUGACAUAACUGUGGCAUAACUAAGGCCUUAAAGAUGUAAUAGUUAUAAGGGUUUUACUAAAAAAAUGGCUUAUUCCUUGA